AUGGGACUGAAAGAGCCAAAAUUUCAACUGAAACGAGAUGAAUCGAUCUCUAGCGGUUCUGCUUGUGCUGAGUCUGCUGGUAAUUUUUUUUUUUCAUUUUUUUUAAUAAGUUCAUCGUCAAUAUGUUUUUUGGAAUCGAUAAAUGAUUUGAAUUCCAGAAAUUGCCAAAAUUGUAACGUAGUUUUGUUUUCUGGUGAAUCAGUGAACUAUAAUGAACGAGUUGAAGCUCUCAGGAACCUCGUUACAUGACUUUUUUUUAGUCAUGCAGCUCGAAAUAGAAAAGAAAAAUGAUUCCAGCCGCGUCGCCCUCCAAUAAUCAACCGCAUCCGCCGAUAUCUCAACACAGAAAGUAUGGCGCGAUGCUCGGGAAGAAAUAUCCGUCCCUACAGGUAUAAUAAUAAUCUCCGUUAUUUGAAAAACUAAAAAGAAAACAUUUCUCGACAGAAAAAAAUGAAGAAGUUGACUUUGCACAAAAAUAUCUCGAAUCUAAAACUUCAGUGAAGGUUCGCGAACAAUUUUCAACGGCAUGCCUAUGUCAUCAUUUUUUUAAAUUAGAAAAACAUGUCGUAUAUAGUCGAUGUGCCACGACUUGAAAUUUCAUGGAACGACACUCCGUUGGGUGGCCGUGGCCGUGAAAGCGCCUUGCCUUUGCGAAUUUCGGUCGCGCUUUCCAUUUUUUUAUUCGAAAUUUUUCAUUAUUUUAAUCAUGUUUUUAAUAGUUUUCUUCGUGCCAAACUCAUAAUUAUCUUUUUCUAGUGGAUAGACUGUUUCAUUGAUAAAAAAAUAAAGUAGAGUAAUUUGCGAAUUUUUAAGCGAAAAAAAUGCGUUUAUAAUAUUUGAAAGUUUUUUUCAUGAGAUGGUCUUUGGUUUUUGUUCAAUAUAUUCCGUUAUUUUUACCUUCAUUGAGCCUUUAUCGACUUUUUCAUUUCAAAUCAUGUAAAAAAAUAUCCCAAUCAGAAAUAAAAUACACAGUGAAUGAUUUUUUUAAAAAUUGAAUGUUUCUACAUUGACGAAUUUUUUUAUUUAAAAAAACAGAUACAUAAGUUCAAAGGAAAAAAAUUAUUAGUUUGCUGGACAUUUCGUUCAGCACAUCGUUUCCACUGUUCCAAGUGCUCCCUGUUCACGCCCCAUUUCUGACGCAUAGUUCAGCAAUACGAUUUAUCUAAAGCUCCAUUUAAAAAAAGGAACGAAAAACCUUUCUUCAAAUUAUGGUGCAUGUGCUCAUGGAAGUACGCAUCUUCAUUUUUAUAAGGCGCUCACUUUCUGAAAAAAACAAUUAACGACUGCAAACAGAAAAACGAUGAAAACAUUAAAACAUGGCUUUAAAAAACACAGAAACUAUUGUAAAAAUAUUGUGGCGUUUACGGCCUAUUUCACCCGCAAAUCCUUUUUGGUAAGUCUUUGAAAACUUUUUUUGAGAAAUGAGAAAAAAACAAUAUUAAAGCGACUGAAGAAUACAUGAAGUUUUUUCAAACUUUUUUUAAAUCGCUUUUUUUCGAGAAACGUCAUGAAAUUUACUGUGUUCUUUCUUUUUACAUUUGUACAACGCAAUCCUUUUCAACGAUAAUAUUACAUUUUAAAGAAAUAAAACAAUAAAAAAACGAUCGAAAUUAGAAUGAAAACCAAAAAAAAAUUUGCGUGGCCGAGGUUGGCAAACUCGCAAGAUGCGCGCUACCGCACAAAAUCGAAACAGCGGAGUGUUGUUCCAUGAAAUUUCAACUUGUGGCACAUCGACUAUAUCACGGCGUUCAAAAAGGGUGUAGGUGAAUAGAAAAACUGGCAUGCGAUAAAUUUGCCCUGAUGAAAAAGAUCUAACGGCGGAGUACGGUAGGAGAAUGCAAGUUUGCGCCAUCGCACACUUCUUAUCAGAUAAUCAGGCUUGUGCGUCAGGCCGGGCUUUGGGCCUACAAUUUAAAAGAAAGCCUGCGUGAGCUCGGGCCAGGCAGGGCUUCGAAAGGAAUCUUAAACUUCAUUUUGAAAAAGUUUCACGGAAAAAUUAUUCUUACUUGUUGAAUCAUAGUUUCUAAUAACUCUAUGAGAAAAAAUAAUUUGAGUUUUUUGGGCCGGGCCGGCCAAUUUUGCUCAAGGCCUCCCUAGGGCCGGGCCGGGCCAGGGCUUGGGGAGUGGCUGGGGGAAAAGAGGUUGACAGGGCCGGCCCUCGCACAAGCCUGCAGAUGAUUAUUUAUUAUUUUUCAAUUCAUUUUUUUUUUUGUUUUUUCACUUUGUUUCGUUGUUUUCAGAUCUUUUUGCUCCAUUUUUUCUACAGAGUUGUUAAUAACUGAAACGAACAUCUUUCAAUAAACAUGAUUUUUCUUGUUUCCGAUUUCUCGAAGUUUUAAGUUUUCGUAAAUCGUCUAAAUUUUGAACCUUGGCCUUUUAUUGGAACUAGUUUUGUGGUUUUAUCUUGUUCUCUAUCAUUUUUAAGGAUAGUACACCGUGAAAAAAAUUUUUCAAAACAAGACUAACUUUUAGUGAUUUAAUUAGAAAGCGCAAUGCCCCGCCCCUUCACGCCACCAAAAUUACGAUUUUUUUCACCACGAAAAAAACUUUCGAAAAAAAGCUUUAAUUUUUUUAUUUCAAGCUUAAUUCAAAAAAACUUCCUUUGAUUUAAUCUUAUUCUCCAUUGUUCGAUUCACAGUUCGCCGUAGUAAUUUUUCAUAAAAAAAAGCUAGUUUACAAGGUUUUGGAGCAAAAAACUAAUUUUUCGAAAAAUCGCUAAUCUUUCACUCUUAAUAAGCUCCCAUAAAUUUUUUGGGUUUCCUCGCGUUCAUCGUCAUGAGCACGAACGAUAUUCUCAGAAAGAAACAGUUUUACAGAAUGUAAUAGUCAGAAAAAUUUACACGCGAACGUAAAUCUACGCGGAGAAACGUCUUCUAAAACUGCGCGACCUUUUUAAAACGCCAUGUAUUUCGCUAUUUUCAGGUCUCGCACUAUCCCGUAUUACUGUUGUCCAACAACGCAUCUGAACAAAAUCAAGCGAGCGUCAUUUGGAAAACCAGGUAUAUCUCCUUUCAUUGUAUAGACAUUCACAAAUUACACAUUUAUUCCAUUUUCAAAAAUAUUCUGUACGAAAAAUAAAUAAAAGAAAUUUUCGACAGCGACGAUUUCGAAAGCCGCAAAACCGCGCGUCAAGUUAUCGCGUGUCUGCGGACUGCUAGCCAAAAACUCGAUAUAGUCUGUUCAGAUUUUGAAUGUCAAGUAGAAUGACGUCAUUCAAAAACACUCUGUGGAUGGCUCGCUCUCUGAUUGGUUUAUCGCGCCAUUAGGGGGCGGAGCUUCAGCGAAGACUUGACAUUUGAAAUCUGAACAGACUAUAGCGAACCUUUUUUUUGUUCACUUCUGUUUUUUGUUUCAAAGUUUCUUACCCUUAUUUUUAUGGGUUUUUUUCUGGUUCUCUUGUGUACUGUCUCUUGAACUAAUACGUACUGUAGUUAAAACGCGAAAAGUCAACAAUAUCGUUUUUUUUUCGGUAGGUAACUUGAUAAACAAUAAAAGAAGUUUAGAAACUAUCAAUUAAUUGAUUUUAAAAAAAUAUAUGAAAUAACUCUUAAUUCGGAAAAAUAAAAAAGAGGUGAGUAUCAAUUCGUCCUUCUUAACUCGUUGGAAACGCACACAAUUAAUUCGCAUGAAAUCACGGCGUUCCCAGAGCUACGUGCCACCCACAAAAAAGUCGUCAGAUGUAAUUUUUCUUGUGCAUUUACCCCUGACGAAAAUUAAUAUAUGAGUGAUUUUUUUUUUAAUUUUGAAAUGGUAAACAAAACCAAGCCAAAUAUAUUUUGGCGACGGCCGAGAAAUGGGUAGACGCCUGAUUUAUCGCGCAUCACUGAAAACUUCAUAACUCGACUCACAGUGUUUCAAACAGGGGAGAGCAAAAAUCGCGCCCACGCGAGUUCUUCGUACGCAACGCGGUUAACCCCGGUGCGUCGCGUGUUCUCGCUACCGUCUAUCUCCCAAAACUUUAUCCAAUUAAAAGUUAUUUUUUCUCCUUUUCUUGCUUUCUUUCAGAGUAUUUUUCACCUUUAAACUUAUUUCAAUGUUCUAUAAUUGGUUUUAUAUGUUUUUGAAGUGCUUCACAGAUUUUUAAAGUACUUUCGACUGUUGUUUUUUUUCAAAAAAUUUUCAUGAAAUUUGAAUUUUGAGUUAUAACUUUUUUCGUGAAAGCUUUUCCGUUUGCAUUUUUGUUUCAAAAGUUGAAAGUCGAUUUUUUCUGAUGUGACAAACCUUUUAUUCCUGGUGAAUUCGCCACCAAACGGAAAUACUGCGCGCCAGCUGCAUAAAGACACGCCCACGCUUUCCGCCCAGUUAGGAACACUGUGAAUUUGGUGUGGAAAAAAAAGAGAAAAGGUUACAAAAAAGGAAAUCAAGUCCGAUUACUCGGGAGGUAAAUGAGAGCUUGAUAGAAUAACGCUUAAUUUUCAGUUCACAAGCUGAUUUCAACGGGUCUGAGACGCCAGGUCUGACGAAGGAGGCAUUGGAAAGUCUUGGACCGAAAGUAUCUAGAGAUGAAAAGUAACUUUUCCCUUAUUUCUUUGAUUUGAGCGACCUUUUUUGCCAGGCCUCCCCGUUAUACAGCAACAGUGGCGACGCUCACCCCGACUACUGAAAAACCACCAGGUUCGUUUUUCAAGUUAUCAGUGUGUGGCUCAGAAAACAGUCCAGAAAUGCGUAAAAUGUAUUUUAAAAAAAGCGUGCGGCAGCGGGUAAACUGUGAGAUUGAGUCUCCAGUUGAACGCCGCGCGCGCUUCUUUUUUGGUCAUAACUUUUUUCUUGAUCAACUUUUUUUUUUAAACUAAACUGAUUAUGAAUAUAGACAAUUUUUUCUAUCGAAAAGUGUAAAAACAUAUUUUUUAGAUCAGCUUGAAAAAGUGGUUUGCGGUCCCUAAUGAAACGCUCAAUAAAAAAAUAAUUGAGUUUUCAGCAAAUCACGGAGCCUUUUUCAUGGAUCGAGGAGACUUGAAAGUACAGAUAUUUUAGAAGCAAAGAAAAUUUGAAUCCAUCGAAUUUUGAGUCUUUCCAUUGUCAAUAAUGAAAUAAGUAAACUUUAAGGGCAGCCAAUUCCACCGUCACGACUGCAUGUUUCGCCGAAAAUGUCGUUCAGCUCUGUCGUUGCCCAGACGAUGCGAAACUCACAAGGCGGUCUGUUUGAAUCAGUUUUCGAAACGUACGGACGUUUCUUAGAAAUUAUGAGGGCUAGUUGCUUCGAGUGUUUUAGAAGGGUUCCGUAGAGUAAGAUCUUUUUCGGUAUUUUCGAAGUUUUUUUUUAUUAAAUUGGAUGAACUACGCGCAGAAGAACGAGAGAAAGGACAGUAAUACUAUGCUUUCAACUCUUUCGACUUUCUUGUUUCAUUCAUAGGCAAAAAAACCGUAAAAACUGUCAGAGUGCGCGUUGGACGGCGCUAGUCCGAAAUUAUAAAAACCAAAUUUCACUGCGAAAAGUUCAGUUGAUUGGCAGAAUCAAUUUUUAUUAAAAGGACUCGAAAAAAAAAAUUUUUACAUUCUCCGGCGUCAGCUUGUAAUUCGAGUUCGUUAAAUAAAAAAAACUUUUUUUUCUUCGAGCAUAGUGGGAGUGGGGGACUUGGCUGUCGCCAGUCAUGCUCAUUCCCUGUAUGACUAUAACGAGCAACCGCCUUCGACGAACUAAAACUCGAAACUUGUAGUUGAUCAAGUUGAAAGCAUGGUCUUACGGUCCUUCGCCUCGUUUUUCUGCGUGUAGCCCAUCCAGUUGCCCUUCGACGAGCUCAGAAUGCAGUAGAUCUUGUAUUGGAGCCCGGAGAGCGUGCUUCAGGUUGGAGCCUUGAAAUGAGAGCGAUCACUUCUAGUGAAGACUACACUGCGACGCAUAAUUAUAGACCCACCCUAAUUUCUCCGAUUUUAAGAAAGAUUGAAAAACUUUCAGUCACCAAACUUUUUUUGUGAUAAACCUUGUUGAUAAGGAACAUAAUCAUAUCAUAACUAUCAAUCACCCAGUUGAAAAGUUUUUCAAGAUACGAGAAAAUUGAUUUUUGACCGACGCAGAAUUAUAGACCCACCCCAGAGUUUUCCGAGUUUACGUUUCCGGUAACACGUUUUUCCUGUUUUUUUUCAGUGGUAUAUAAGAGAAAAAGUCCUCGUGUAUCAGCCAUAAUGCCUAAAUCUACUCAACUUGAUAAUACCGAAAAAGCGGUAAUCGAUGCUCUACUCAACAACGGCUUGUCCCAUCGGGAAAUCGCUCGUCAAACGGGUCGCUCAAGACGAACUAUUGACCGUUGUGCAAGGAAUCCGCAAGAAUACGGCACAGCAAUACAUUCUGGACGGCACAGGCUGCUAUCGGUUCAAGCUGAACGAGACGUCUGUCGAAAAGCAUCAAACUCUACGAAGCCCGCCAACCAAAUCAGAUCCGAAAUUCCUGAAAACAUCUCGAAGAACACCAUCUUACGAACAAUUCAUCGGUCCGGUCGACUUGUGAAUACUCCAAUGAAGGCAGCACCUCGUCUACAGCAACGCCAUAAGAAUGAACGGCUCCAGUUUGCACGCUCUAACAUGGCCACGGAUUGGAAUAAGGUAUCAAUGUUUUCUAUCACCUUAUGAUUCCCAAUUUUUAUGUUCAGAUCAUCUUCAGCGACGAGAAGAAGUUCAACCUUGAUGGGCCAGAUGGGUACGCUCACUACUGGAGAGAUUUGAGGAAAGAUCCGAUGUACUUCUCUUCUGAGGAAAGAUCCGAUGUACUUCUCCAAGAGAAACUUCGGCGGCGGCAGCCUCAUGGUUUGGGCGGCUUUCUGCGGCUACGGGACGGUAGCUCUUUAUUUUAUUGGGACCAGAACGAAUUCGCAAGACUACCAGCAACUGCUUGCCCAGCAUCUCCUGCCCUAUCUCCGUCGCCGACGACGUUCUAAUAUGAUUUACCAACAAGACAAUGCAUCUGUUCACGCGAGCAACUCCACAUUGGCUUGGUUUGCGGCCAAUAACGUGGUUCUUCUGGACUGGCCCGCGGGUGGUAUGAAAAGAACACCAGCGAAAUUUCAAACGGCGACUUUUCCGAUUUUUUCAAAUCGCUACGGAACUUUCCGACGGCCCCCUUUCCGACUAAUCUUUUUCCGACUUUUUUUCUCGAUAAAAUCUUCGUUUUAAAUCUUCCUAUAUGAAGUAGGUAGUUGGUUCAUGAUUAAAACACAAAGAAAUAGGAAAAAAAAAUGUAAAUAGAUGUCUUAUAAACAGAAAAAUAUAAGGAAAAAAAGUCGGAAAAAAUUUCGUCGGAAAGGUGGCCGUCGGAAAGUUCCCUAGGGAUAUGAAAAAAUCGGAAAAGUCACCGUUUGAAUUUUCGCUGGUGUUUUUUUCAUACCACCGGCCCGCGUGCAGUCCUGACCUCAACCCUGUAGAGAAUUUAUGGUCAGUCCUUGUACGAAGGGUCUACGCGAAUGCCAAGCAGUAUACAACGGUCAACGAUCUGAAAAGAGCGAUUCGUACCGAGUGGGAUAGUUUGGACAAGUCACUGCUGCAAUCACACGUUGGCAGCAUGCCGAACAGGAUUUUCGAAGCCGCUCAGAAACAAGGAGGCAUCACACAUUAUUAA